UUACUGGUUUUGACUAGGUAUGGCUGCUCGACUUCUCUAUCAUUCUACAACAAAUGGUUGUUCUCACCCAACCACUACAGUUUCCGAUUUCCACUCUUUACAACGUGCCUGCACAUGGUGACGCAAUUUUUGUUAUCUUCUAUCACAUUAUCAAUGAUACCGUCUCUACGGCCGCAAGCAGCACCAUCAGCGAAAGACUUUGGAACAAAGAUCAUGCCAUGUGCUUUGGCAUCUGGGCUAGACAUUGGGCUCAGCAACAAUAGCUUAAAGUCGAUUACUCUUGCCUUUUAUACCAUGUGCAAAUCUUCAUCGCUUGCUUUCGUACUGUUGUUUGCAUUUUUAUUUAAGCUUGAGAGGCCAACUUGGGCCCUAGCAGGAGUCAUUGGCGUUAUAUCCAUUGGGCUUUUCAUGAUGGUUAUGUCCGAGGUGAAUUUCGUGCUUGCCGGAUUCAUCCAAGUCAUGCUGGCUUCAGUCUUGGGUGGAUUAAGGUGGUCUUUAACACAGCUAUUGUUGGAGCGAACAAACACGAAAUCUGGAAGUUUAGCCAAUCCAAUUUCAACCAUCUUUUUCCUAUCACCAAUCAUGGGAAUAUGCCUUUUCAUCGUGGCUGGGGUAUUUGAGGGCUAUACCAACAUAUUCAGUUCCGAGUUUUUCCAAACUGUUGAUUCAGGCUUAAGGACAUUAGGCUUAUUGCUCUUAGGAGGCAUAUUUGCGUUCAGCAUGGUAUUGGCAGAGUUCAACUUAAUUGCCCGGACAAGCGUAGUGUCAUUAUCUGUGCUAGGGAUUAUCAAGGAGGUCAUAACAAUCAUCAUAUCUUCUUUGGUGUUUGAUGAUAAACUCACGGUUGUCAACAUUCUUGGACUUUUCAUUACACUUUCAGGAAUUGGAUUCUAUCACUUUAUGAAAUUGCGCGAACUCAAAGCAAAAGCCAGAAAAACCGCCAAGGAAAUCGCGAGCCUAAACAUUGCCACUUCUGUAAAUAGUUUGAAUGGAGGUGGAGCUGAUCUGGCGGCAGUCCAUAGCCGUCGUAGGAAGCGGCAGUCUAAAGGCAUGCAUCAUCGCGGUAAGUCCAAGCUAGACCGGCCUAUUGGUGGAGAGGUCCUCUUGGAUGAUGAAGCAGCAAUAGAAAUGGUAGGAGAAUCGAGCAGUAAUCUCCUAGCAGAUGAGGCAAUAGAGAUAGAUUCGUCAGAUACGCAUAGAAUGAGCACUGAUCUCUUGUUGGAAGACAUGGACGCCUCUGUCACUUCAAAAUAA